AUGGCUCUGACCCUUCGAAAUUCGUCCUACCAACAGGCAGCCCUGCACACAUCAACAGAACGCCUCACAACGGCUGCCACCCAAGAAGUGCCUGAACCACCCGCUUCCCCCGAGGCCGUCUAUUCUCCGCCCAAGACGGGCAUUAUCUCUUACUUACCUGCAUCAUGGGUUCCUUACGCCGAGCUGACCCGCAUGGAUAAGCCCGCGGGAACCUACUAUCUCUUCUUCCCCUGCCUCUGGUCGACCCUCAUGGCUGCGCCCAUGGUAGCUCCCAUGGCUUCUCCAGUUUCGGUCAUCGGGACUUCUCUGCUCUUCUUCUCGGGAGCCUUCAUCAUGCGCAGUGCCGGCUGCAGCAUUAAUGAUCUCUGGGACCGCAAACUCGAUCCUCAUGUUACCAGAACCAAAUUCCGUCCCAUCGCGCGGGGCGCCCUCACACCCUUCCAAGGACUCGCCUUCACCGGAGCUCAGCUUUUGGCUGGCCUGGGAAUUCUUCUCCAGUUUCCUACCUCCUGUCUUUUCUACGGCAUUCCGAGUCUGCUCCUUGUCGCCUCCUACCCCCUGGCCAAGCGAAUCACGUACUACCCGCAGGCCGUCCUGGGGCUGACAUUUUCCUGGGGUGCAAUGAUGGGCUUCCCCGCUCUCGGCAUCGACCUACUUUCCAACAGCGCAGCGCUGACAGCUGCGGCCUGCCUGUACUCCUCGAACGUUGCCUGGACAGUUCUGUACGACAUGAUAUACGCCCACAUGGACAUCAAGGACGAUGCCAAGGCCGGCAUCAAGAGUAUCGCUCUGAAGCACGACGCCGAGACAAAGCAAGUCCUGACGGGGCUGGCCGCUGUUCAGCUUAGUCUUCUCAGUGCUGCCGGGUUUGCCGCGGGCGCUGGUCCGGCGUUCUUCAUUGGCAGCGUCGGCGGAGCAGCAGUGACGCUCGGCGUCAUGAUUAAGCGCGUCAAACUUAAGAGCGUCAAAGACUGCUGGUGGUGGUUUGUUAACGGUUGCUGGAUUACCGGCGGCGUUGUCAGCCUAGGCCUCGCAGCUGAUUAUACUGUAAGAUACAUUCAGGAUGGAGAGGAGGACGUCAAGACUCAGGAACAAUAG